AUGACUAACCCUUGCAGAGCGUUCAGCGGCGGAUCCCUCUGCUCCUGGGAGGUGGCGGGGAGGAUGAGCCGAGGAAGAGCAGCCGGCACGUCCCCGGAGCGCCGCGGCUGCGGCAGCCCCACGGCGAUGCUGAGCGGCGCCUACGACUCCCUGGGCCUCUCCGGAGCCGGCGGAUACCGACGCUCUUCUUACCCCUCCUUCUCCAUUGAUGGGAGGCUCCUGCUCCCUGUGCACCUGGAUAUCGACCCUGACUUCCAAGCCAUGAGAGAGCAGGAGAAGGAGGACAUCAAGCUGCUCAACAACCAGUUCGUGUCCCUCAUUGGGAAGGUCCAGAGCUUGGAGCAGCAGAACAAGAUCCUGACAACAAGGUGGAACUUCCUGAAAGAUCAAGACAAUUCCCACUCUGAGUCAGACAUCAAGGCCAUCUACGACCAGUACAUGAGCAAAAUGAAUCAGGAGAUGAAGGCCCUCAGCUACGAGCGGGAAAACCUAGAGCUGGAGCUGACAAAGGUGCUGGAUACCAUGGAUAACUUCCGAAGCAAAUAUGAGGAUGAAAUCCGCCUCUGCAGCGGCAUGGAAUACACCUUCACGGAGCUCAAGAAGGAUUUAGACGUGAGCUCGUUGCACAGAACUGAGCUGGAGGUAAAGCUACACGGGCUGCAAGACCUGAUGGACUUGAAGAAAACCAUCUACGAGCAGGAACUUGAGGAGCUGCUGACAGAAAUUAAAGAUGUUUCUGUUGUCCUGGGAAUCGACAACACAUGCAAACUGGACCUCAGCAAAAUUGUGGAAGAAGUAAGGGCCCAGUAUGAAGCCCUUGCUCUCCGGAGCUGGGAGGAGGCUGAAGCACUCACCAGGAGGAAGCUGAAUGAAGGAAACACCCAGGCAGCCACCUAUGGGAGCCACCUCCUUGACAGCCGACGGGAAAUUGCAGACAUGAACAUACAGAUCCAGAAGCUGCGGUCCUGCAUCGUGUCCCAGAAGAGCCAGUGCCUGUACUUGGAGGAGAACAUCAAGGAGGCAGGGGAGCACGGCGAGACGGCCCUCAAGGAUGCCAAAGCCAAGCUGGUGAGGCUAGAAGAAGCCCUACAGAAGAGCAAGGAGAAUAUGGCUCACCUGGUAAAAGACUACCAGGAACUGAUGAACAUCAAGCUGGCCCUGGAUGUGGAGAUCCUCACUUAUAGGAAGCUGAUGGAAGGCGAGGAGAGCAGCAUGGAGUCACCGAUACCCACCGUCAUCAGCGCCAUCCUCUCCAGCCCCAAGUAUCCAGCCUCCUCCGGCGCUUUGAGGAGCUCCACGGCGUUUGCAAGAGAAAGGGGCAGCAGCGAGGGGAGCACGAGGGCAGGCGGCGCGAGGCUGCAGGCCCCCCGAAGCCCCAGCAGCAGCUCGGCGGGGCCCCAAGCUGGGGGCUUCGCCAGCGGAGCCCGGCCUAAGCGCAACUCCCUGCCCGCCGCAGACUGCUCCUAG